AUGACAACGAAGAAUAACGCGGAGAAUGUGGAAAAGAUGUACACUUUUACAUGGAAUAUUAGAGAUUUCCAGGACCUCUUUAAAAGAAUGAAGGAGACCGAUGACCAUUUUAGCGAAAGGUUCUAUUCACCAGUUUCACUGUCGUCCUCAAGUGGUCUAGAGCAACGACACGUUUGGCGUUUCUCUGUUCGCCCACGGGGAGGAAAAAAUUCGAAAGAACACAUGUCAGCCUUCCUUUGGUCAUACCAAUCAGAUUAUGAAAGAGAGAAAGGUUUGGAUUCCCGAAAAAUUAAAUACAGCGUGGACGUCUAUAGAUCCGCACCCUCUGAUUCGCCAGGCUCAACACCUAGCCUCGUGAAGUUGAAAACUAAACGGGGUGUCGAGAUAAACAUCUUCAACUUUUUUACACACGAAUCAGCAUGGGGAAGCUCCGAAUUUUGCGCGUUAAGCGAAAUCUUUCCUAACAACGAACGAAACCGAAAGGUCGAUCUGGUGAUAAAUAUUAAUUUCUUCGAGUCGGCUCAACCAAACGUCAUCAAUGAUGGUCUAUCCGUCAAUGACAGUGUUAUAUGUAAACGAUAUACACCAUCAUUGGAUAAAUAUUUCGAUAACGAAGCAUACAGCGACGUUGAAUUUUCAUUUGAUUGCGGAUUGAAACUCAAGGCAUCCCGCGUGGUCCUUGCCUCAAGGUCAUCUUAUUUUGAGAGCAUGUUCGAAGGCAGUUGGAAGGAAACCAAGCUAUUUACAAUUCCAAUCGAGGGCGUUAAAUAUGAAUGCUUUAAGUUGUUGAUACGAUUCAUAUACACCGGUAGAUUGGCUGAUGGUCUGGACUUUGACAUCUUGAUGAAUCUCUAUGUUGAAGCGGAAAUAAGGAACCUCGAAGAACUGAGAGAUUUGGUUUCUUCACAGAUCGUUUGCCAUCAUCGAAUCACAUCGGAGAAUUGGGAGCAAUAUUUGAUUUUGGGAUGGAAGACUAAUAACAGAGUGUUGAAAGAGAUGGGUCUAAAAUACGCGUGUGAUAAUUGGGACGCGGUGAAGGAUACAAUUGGCAUGCAACGAGUUUUGAGUUGCGGUGUUACCACAUGGGUCGAGGAAUUGAUGUUGACAAAAUUAUUUGGUUACAAGUCGAAUUAA